AUGGCUUCUCUCGUGGCGCUUUUACGGACACGACUGCUGGUCGCAGCUUUUGCAUUUUGUGCGUUGUGCGCGUCUGUGCUUUCAAUCACUCGCUACUCCAUUCCGGAGGAGAUGGAAGAGGGUUCCUUUGUCGCCAACCUCGCCAGCGAUUUGGGUCUGGAUGUUCGAAGCAUGGUGGAGCGGAAAGCAAAGCUGGAUAUGAUUCACAGCAAAAAUUACCUUGACAUCAACAAAGAAACCGGAGAGCUCAUCAUCCGCGAGAAGAUCGACCGGGAGAGCAUCUGCAUGUCUAAAACAGCCUCGUGCUUUAUGAAGAUGGAUGUCAUACUGGAAAACCCAAUUCGUAUUUUCAACAUCGAACUGGAGAUCAUGGACAUUAAUGACAACGCACCGGUGUUCCGGAGGAAGACCAUCAAUUUGGAUGUUUCCGAGGCAACUCCUCCCGGUGAGAGAUUCUCAUUAACAAAUGCCGUCGAUGCGGAUGUUGGCGCUAAUUCAAUUAAGACUUACUAUCUAAGCGAGAGCAAAUACUUCAACAUUGACAUACAAACUGGCAGCGAUGGCUCCAAAUACGUAGACUUGGUUCUUAAUGGCAAUCUGGACCGAGAGACAGAUGCGGUGCAUAAUCUAAUUUUAACCGCGGUGGACGGAGGGGUUCCUCCCCGCUCCGGCACAGCCGGUAUUAUUAUCAAUGUCCUCGAUAUCAAUGACAACGCCCCCCUCUUCUCUCAACCGGUGUUUGAAGUCAGUUUUCCGGAGAAUUCAGGUGCAGGGACUGUUGUCAUUACCUUAAAUGCAACAGAUUUGGACGAAGGCACAAAUGCACGCUUAUUAUAUUCGUAUACGCUCUACACAUCUGAGAAGACACAGGAGCUCUUCUUGCUUGACCGACAUUCGGGCGAGAUCAAGGUGAAGGGGGUCGUUGACUUUGAGGAGAAUCAGAGCUUUGAGAUGCACGUACAAGCUCAGGAUGAAGGGUCCAGCCCGCUGUCAGGACACUGCAAAGUUGUGGUAUCUGUCACCGACCUGAACGAUAACUACCCAGAACUGACCAUUAAGUCUCUCAAGAGCGCAACAGCCGAGAAUACGGCUGUAGGGACCCUGAUCGCGGUGGUCGGUGUCAGUGACAGGGACUCCGGGGUCAACGGCCAAGUGGAGCUGACUUUAAGUCAGCAAGAAAUGUUACCCUUCAUCCUCAAUCAGUCCUCAGAGGGUUACUUUGAGCUCUUGGUUUCAAAGCCACUGGACAGAGAGAUAAAAAGCAAAUAUGAAAUAACGUUGAAGGUGACAGAUAAAGGAACGCCGCCGUUAACUGAAAGCGAGACUUUCACGUUAGAGAUUCAUGAUAUCAACGACAAUGCUCCCGCAUUCCCAAAGUCCUUUUACACCAUCCACGUGAUGGAGAAUAAUCUGCCGGGAGCCUCGCUGACAUCUCUGAGUGCGUUUGACCCCGAUCUGAAUGAGAACCAGUACUUGGUCUAUUUCAUAAUGGAGAAGGAGAUAGCCAACACAUCCAUGUCAAUGCUGUUCUCCAUCAAUCCAGAAAAUGGCGACCUUUACGCCUUGAAGACUUUUGAUUUUGAGCGAGAACGGGAGUACCUUUUCCACAUUGAGGCGAGGGAUUCCGGCGUCCCCGCGCUGAGCAGCAAUGUCACGGUUCAUAUCAUCAUUCUGGACCAAAACGACAACACCCCUGUCAUAGUGUCGCCGUGGCGGGCGCAGGGGUCUGUCGUCGAGCAGGUGAUACCCAGGUCUACAGAUAAGGGACAUCUCGUGGCCAAAGUGAUUGCCAUCGACGCUGACUCGGAGCAGAACGGCAGGGUCACCUACCAGCUUUUGCAAAUCAGCGAUACAACCCUCUUCAGUCUAGACCAAUACAACGGGGAGAUCCGGACAACCCGAAUGUUCAGCUACAGAGACCCCCGGCAACAGCGACUCGUAAUCGCCGCGAAAGACAACGGCAACCCUGCCCUCUCUACCACCGUCACCAUCAAAAUAGCCACUGUCGAACACGCCAUGGCAUUUUCAGAGACAACAGAGUUGCCGCUGGAGUAUGACGUCUUCACAGACCUCAAUUUGUAUUUAGUCAUCGGCUUAGGGGCCGUUUCCUUCAUGCUGCUCAUUACCAUCUUGGUGAUUAUUGUGCUGAAGUGUCAAAAGCCCAAGCCAAAGGCGAUCAAGAUUCCCCCAGCUAAUCGGAACAGCGUGAUCAGCAGGAAUAGCGUGAUCAGCCAGAGGAGCUCCACAAUCGCAGACUCCACCUUGAUCUCCAGCGACGCCUACUGGUACAGCCUCUUUCUCGCUGAGACCAGGAAAGGGAAAGUCGUCGUCAGACAGCCCAUCAUACCCAAAGGAGCCGGCUACUUUGUGUCCAGCAUACCCAGGAGCAUAGGGCCGAGCGAGACCACAGAGUCCAGAGCAUCUACACUGGAGUAUUCAAAAUGAAAAAGAAGUCCAUUCUACAACUGGAGCAGGCAACCAGAAGAGAACCGGCGUGAUCCGAUCUUCUCUUGCGAGUAGUCAAUGACUCCCACACCAAUCCAGAACCGUUUCCUUGAGUCCUUCCG